AUGGACGCCAAGAACGAAAUGCAGAUUUCGAGCACUGAAUUAGAGAAACACAGCACAAGGCAAGAUUGCUGGGUCGCUGUGCAUUCCAAGGUCUGGGAUCUCACAGAUUUCCUGGACGAGCAUCCAGGAGGCGCGAAAAUUCUUCUCUCGGUUGCUGGAAGAAAUGCAACAUCUGAGUACGACCAGGUUCAUGCACCUGGGAUCAUAGAGGAAAAUCUAUCGCCGGACAAAUUCAAAGGGUCUUUGCUUGAAGCCACCAGCGAUGUGGCCCCUCCAGGAGCUCUCGAAGAGGUUCAGAAUUCGCGAGAUCGCAACUUACCAGCGGACUCGUCUGUAGAUAUUCUGCCUGCGCUUCAAUCACUUUUGAGCGCAGCAGAUAUCGAAGGAGUCGCAAGUAAAAUGCUUUCUCGAAAAACUUGGGCUUUUUAUAGCAGCGCAGCAACUGAUCUGGUCACACAUCACCAAAACAAGGCAUUUUUGAGACGUAUCAUGAUCCAGCCCCGGGUGCUUAGAGAUGUCAAGAACACAGAUCAGACACGGUCAAUUUUGGGCCACAAGACAAGCGCCCCAUUUUUUAUCAGCCCAGCCGCAAUGGCAAGACUGGCACACAAAGACGGCGAACUCGCAUUGGCGAAAGCGGCUGGCGAGGAAGGGAUUAUACAAUGUCUUUACGUCAAUUCUGAGCGCCACAAAACGACAGAUCUUCUCCGAAAAGCGCGGAGCCUGGGGAUCAAAGCCAUUUUUGUGACAGUCGAUGCGCCAGUACCGGGCAAGCGGGAGGCGGACGAGCGUCUAGCCACCGAAUCUGCAGUUCAAUCCGCAGUAAGCGGUGCCACAUCAAGCAACGACAAGAAGGGAGCCGGUAUAGGGCGUCUGAUGGGACAGUAUAUCGACAAGUCAUUAACUUGGUCUGACCUUGCAUGGAUAAGGGAGGAGUCAGGCCUCCCGAUAGUGUUGAAAGGUGUACAAAGUGUCGAAGAUGCAAAGCUCGCGGUAGAAUAUGGCGUUGAUGGUAUUCUUUUGAGCAACCACGGCGGUCGAUCUUUGGAUACCUCCCAGCCAGCCAUUUUGAACCUUCUCCAAUUAAGACUCAAGUGUCCGGAGAUCUUCUCCAAGCUUGAAGUUUACGUGGACGGUGGGUUCGAACGAGGCACAGAUAUACUCAAAGCUAUUGCUCUAGGGGCAACAGCCGUUGGCAUUGGUCGGCCGUUCCUGUAUUCACUAGUGUACGGACAGCAAGGUGCUGAGCAUCUCAUCCAAAUCUUGAAAGAUGAGAUCGAAGUCUCAAUGAAGCUCUGUGGCCUAACAAGUCUGGACCAAGCAGGCCCGGAGUUCCUAAACACGGCUGACGUGGAUCACUUGAUUCGGUCAGCUCAGAGGUUCCCUGCUUUGCUAGGACUCCAACAUAAAGCACGGCUGUAA